AAGUUCCAACCAAGUCCACGGCACGUACAAGGGGCUCUAUGAAUUCGUGCGUCGCCUUCUUGUCCGUGAUGCUUUUGCCAAUUUGCUUCUUUUCUCUCUCUCUCUCUUUUCAGCAAAGCCUUCCAUUUUACUCUUCAUUUGGCAUCCGCCACUUCUUUUCUUCUUCUUUUUCUUCUUCUUCAAAUGCUAUUCAACGCCAACCACGUCCCGUCUUAGCAAAACCAGCAUAUGGAUCAGAUCAUCUGCUCAAUGCUUACUAAUUGAUUUCUGGCCCUUCACUCUGUCUUCUUAGCUUGAUCUAUUAAGACAGAAUGGAGUCCUGUGAUUGUAUUGACACACAAUGGCCCCCUGAUGAACUUCUGGUGAAAUAUCAAUACAUAUCCGACAUCUUAAUCGCCCUUGCAUAUUUCUCCAUUCCCCUGGAGCUUAUAUAUUUCGUUCAAAAAUCUGCAUUCUUCCCCUACAGAUGGGUGCUUAUGCAGUUUGGUGCUUUCAUUGUCCUUUGUGGAGCAACCCACUUCAUAAAUUUGUGGACGUUCUCUAUGCACUCUAAAGCUGUUGCUGUGGUGAUGACAGUUGCAAAGAUUUCAUGUGCUAUAGUUUCGUGUGCAACUGCAUUAAUGCUUGUUCACAUUAUACCUGACUUGUUAAGUGUCAAAACUCGGGAAUUGUUUCUGAAGAACAAGGCUGAAGAGCUUGACAGGGAGAUGGGCAUUAUUCUGACUCAAGAAGAAACUGGAAGGCAUGUUAGAAUGCUGACUCACGAAAUUAGAAGCACACUCAACAGACAUACGAUAUUGAACACCACUCUUGUUGAGCUUGGUAGGACUUUAGGCCUGGAGGAAUGUGCAUUGUGGAUGCCAUCCGAAACUGGUUCAAAUCUACAACUUUCUCAUACUCUAAAUUACCAAAUUCAAGUUGGGUCGUCUGUCCCAAUAAACCUUCCCAUAGUCAAUGAAGUUUUCAAUAGUGCUCAAGCAAUGCGUAUUCCCUACACCUGCCCACUGGCAAGAAUCAGACCACUUGUGGGAAGAUACGUGCCACCAGAGGUUGUCGCUGUGCGGGUACCACUUUUAAAUCUCUCAAAUUUCCAAAUGAAUGAUUGGCCUGAUCUCUCUGCAAAAAGCUAUGCAAUCAUGGUUUUGAUUCUUCCAACGGAUGGUGCUAGAAAAUGGAGGGACUACGAAUUAGAACUUGUUGAUGUUGUUGCAGACCAGGUCGCAGUUGCUCUUUCACAUGCAGCUAUCUUGGAAGAGUCUAUGCGAGCCCGUCAGCAGCUCGUGGACCAGAAUCUUGCUUUAGAUCGAGCUCGACGAGAAGCAGAAACAGCAAUCCAUGCUCGCAAUGAUUUCCUUUCAGUCAUGAACCAUGAAAUGAGAACUCCGAUGCAUGCAAUCAUUGCAUUGUCUUCACUUCUUUUAGAGACUGACCUAACUCCAGAGCAAAGGGUUAUGAUAGAGACAGUAUUAAAAAGUAGUAACCUUUUGGCAACCCUUAUUAAUGAUGUUUUAGAUCUUUCUAGACUUGAAGAUGGAAGCUUGGAAUUAGAUAUUGGAACAUUCAACCUUCAUGGAGUUUUCAGAGAGGUUGUUAAUUUGAUUAAACCAGUUGCAUCUGUAAAAAAGUUACCAGUGACUCUGAUUCUGGCCCCAGAUUUACCUUUCUCUGCUAUUGGUGAUGAGAAACGACUCAUGCAAACUCUCUUAAAUAUUGUCGGUAAUGCUGUGAAGUUUACAAAAGCAGGUUAUGUUUCAAUUAUAGCAUCUAUUGCAAAACCAGAAUCUAUAAGAGAGUGGCGACCUCCUGAAUUUUACCCAGUAUCAAGUGAAGGCCACUUCUAUGUUCAAGUUCAGGUUAAGGAUUCUGGUUGUGGAGUUUCCCAUCAAGAUAUUCCAAAUCUUUUCAACAAGUUUGCUCUGCCCCGAAGUGGAUCAAGUAAGAUCAAUGGCAGUGCUGGACUCGGACUUGCCAUUUCUAAACGGUUCGUAAAUCUCAUGGGAGGUCAUAUAUGGAUUGAAAGCGAGGGAAUUGACAGAGGGAGCACUGCUACGUUUAUUGUGAAACUCGGCAUAUGCAACAAUGAGCAACAGGUAGCAGCACCUAAAGGACGACCAAAUCAUGGUAGCGGCGAUCUAGUUGGACAUAAAGCAAUCUUCAGAGAUGGUGAUGGAUUACGUUUCUCUCAUCCACGUUAUCAAAGAAGUCUUUGAGUGGCAAUGAGGGUGUACAUCAUGGAAUAUUAGUUCCAUAUGGGGGGAUUUUGUUGUGUAGUAAUUGGGGCUUCUAGCAAAGCACUAUACGAAUAUCAGCAGACCCUGUACAUAAUUUUGGGAUCAAGGCAAGGCCUGCUAACCAUGCAACAAGUGCGUUGUUGAUGGUAUCUUCGACACAUAAUAAUUCUUUUUGUCUAGUUUCCACCUUGUUUUUCUUCUUUGGAUUAGCCAGGAAAAUUGCUAGAUUAGGCAAAAAUAAAUAAAUAAUCAUUCUUUUGUAGAAAUCAGAAAUAAAAAUAUAAAAAAAAAACAAAAAACAAAAAACAAAAAAAAAAAAGAGAAAAGUGGACGCCAUAGGACAUCUCUGCUAAAAUAAUAUUACGUUAGGACGUGGAAAAAAGACACCGUAAAAGGAAACUUACUAUUAUUUUCUAUUUUAUUAUUGUAAUUUCAAAUAAUUAUAGCAAAUUAUAUCUAUUUAUAAAAAUCAAUCUUAUUUA